GUGAAUAUCCAAAAUGAAGAGUUUGGUUCUUUUGCUAUUGUGCAGUGUCGUUUACGCGAAGCACGAGCAUUAUGCUGGAUGGAAAUCAUAUUAUGUCCAACCACACACGCAGGAACAACUAAAGUAUCUCAUGUCUCUGCAGUAUGAACUAGAUGUAGAUUUCCUCGGUCGUGCCUCUGUAAAUAGAGAAACUGUGGUUCUCGUGAAGCCUCACUACCAAGAAGAAUUCACUAGAAAGAUUAAAGAAAAAGGAAUCUCAACCAAAGUACACGUUGAAGAUAUAGUCAAAUCUCUCAGACAAGAAGAUGAACAAAUUGAAAAAAGAGCAAAUGAACUCAGAACUCGCAAUGUUGGAGGAUUCCCAUUUAAUAAUUAUCAGAGAUUAGCAGUUUUUGAUAAUUAUCUCGAAGAUGUUGCAAGGAGAUUCCCCGACAGAGUUACACUUGUCAAUGCUGCAAACUCCUUUGAGGGUCGUCCCAUCAAAUAUGUUAAAAUAUCUACGACCAACUUCCAAGACCGCAGAAAGCCAGUCAUCUUCAUUGAUGGCGGUACCCAUGCUCGUGAGUGGAUUUCGCCACCUACUGUAGCUUGGGCCAUCCAUAAACUAGUCGAGAAUGUCACAGAACCUGAUCUUCUUGAGAGAUUUGAUUGGAUCCUAUUGCCAAUUGUCAAUCCUGAUGGAUACGAGUUCUCCCACACUAACGAGCGUUUCUGGAGAAAGACUCGUUCCAGCACCUCCAGCAUAUUUUGCAGAGGUGUCGACGUUAAUAGAAACUACGACUUCUUCUGGGGUACCUCUGGAUCCAGCAGUAAUCCUUGCGCCGACAAUUUUGCUGGCAGAAUGCCUUUCUCCGAGGUUGAGACCAGAGUCGUAAGAGACAUUAUGAAUGAACACUUAAGCAGGAUAGCAUUAUACAUUACAAUGCAUAGCUUCGGCAGCAUGAUCUUGUACCCUUGGGGACACGACGGUUCACUACCCCCCAACGCGUUACUUCUUAAUUUUGUGGGAGUUCAAAUGGGUGAAGCAAUUGAUAAAGUAGCACUGCCUCAUUUCUGGGAAUACUUAGUAGGUAAUUCCGUUAAUGUUAUAGGAUAUGCCGCGGCAGGAGCAGCUGAAGAUUAUGCACACUUGAUAGGCAUACCUUUCACCUAUACAUAUGAAUUACCUGGACUUGGCUCGGGAUUCGAAGCUUUCCAUUUAGACCCGAAGUACAUCGAGCAAGUAUGUUUUGAGACUUGGGAGGGUCUCAAAGCCGGCGCAAGAACAGCUGGAGACUUAUUCGUCAGUUCGUGAUUUGUUUUAUGAUUUCAAUGUUGAGCGAUCUCCUUAUUUUGUACUAUCUUGAGAUUAAAAUGUAAUGGUGCUGAUAAUAAGGCUUGUUAAUUAUUCGUUACACUUUGUUCUUGAAUUAUGACAAAAAAAAACAUGAUUUUGAAAUUUCCAUACAAAUGUAAACCGAGAAAGUGUUCGCUUAGUGUAGUUAUGUGAAUACAGAGUUUAUU